AUGAGUACACAUUCGGAUGACUCGAUGGCAGAGGGGAGCAGAGUGAAGGAGGUGUGCGGCGAUCUCUUCGAUGCGCCAGAAGGAUCGUGCUUGAUCCAUGCAUGCAAUAUUCAGGGCUCAUGGGGAGCUGGAAUCGCCAAAGUCUUCAAGCAGAAGUAUCCAACUGCAUACCAAUGCUACAAAGAGCACUGCGAAGAAUACCAAGAGCAAAGUGUUCACCAUGACAUCGUGGAUCUGCAAAGCGAAGACGAGGAAACUCUCUCCGUUCGUCUACCUCUGGGCACCGCACUAGUCAUUCCUCCACAGCCGGAAGAUUACAAUAAUGGCAAAAAGAAGCACUGGAUUAUCUGUCUUUUCACGUCCAGCGGGUUCGGAAGCCGCGUUGACUCUCCCGACCAAAUUCUGAACAGUACCUACGCUGCCCUGGAAGAUCUGGAUAUGCAGCUUGUCAUGCUCAAGCAGCCAAAUGAGGAAAUGGGAGACGGUCAGCCUCCACCGGGUGCACUGUUUUCUUGCCGAUUCAAUUCGGGCCUUUUUGCGGUACCUUGGAACGACACGAGGGAGCUUAUCGACGACUUGGGACUGAGUAUGACUCCACGGGCUGGAUGGCUGAGUAGGUUCGUGACUGACUUGCUCAUCGAUCCUCGUUUACGUGGUACAACCGAUAUUGUUCACAGGGUGGUCGGUGUGGCAUCGUCAACUCGGGAAGAAACCGCGGCCAAGUUCAUCGAUGACUUCGUCCGUCCAGCCCAGAAGGAGGAGUGUAUCGCUCACGGGAGCUUCGAGUCCCUUCUUUUACGAGACGAUAUUGAGGUCGUGUAUAUUUCUACGCCUCACUCGAGUCAUUACGAGAAUUGCCUACAGGCUUUGGAACACAAAAAGUCGAUUUUGUGCGAAAAAGUCUUGACUAUCAAUGCUACCCAGGCCCGCAAGAUCCUCGACAGGGCCAAACAAGAAAACCUUUUCGUUAUGGAGAAUAACUGGCUUCCCUUCUUACCCAUCAGUACUGAAGUUCGGAAAUACAUCAAGUCGAAUAAGCUUGGGGAUAUCAUCAGGGUCUAUGCUGAUCUCUCCUACGGAGAAAAUCCCGAGUCCUGGCCGGAGGGUCACCGAUCCAUCAACCCGGACCUUGGCGGUGGUUGUCUUCUUAAUAUUGGAAUUUAUAGCCUUACUUGGGCUUUGCAAUGUCUUUAUCAUACAUUGCCGAGCGAAGUUCGCCAGAAACCCAAGGUUCAGAGCUUGAUGUCUCUCUAUUCGGCUGCCGGUGUCGACGAAACUAGCACUGUCAUUAUGGAGCUUGCGUCCCCGCCACAUGGGAAACAUAAAGCCCACGGCAUUGCGACGACAUCUUUCCGAAAAGAUUGGGAUCCUAACAAGUGCCAAGAUUCUGUUCCGUGUGUUCGGAUCUUAGGCUCGAAAGCGGAGUUGCAGGUGUUGGGUGGACCGGCUUCGCGCCCGCAGACAAUCAGGAUUAUCCCUCAGCUGCGGGUCAAUGCCAAAUCAAGACCCCAGAUGAGCGGGGCAAAGGGUACAGAGCAAGAUUAUAUCGAAGUAAUUAACUUUGGGCCGCCUGGCGAGCCUGGGGGAGGGCGUGGAAUGUUCUGGGCGGCGGAUGAAGUAGGGAGAAGUCUGAGAGACAAGGAAGUCGAGAAUAAAAAUAUGCCCUGGAAUGAGACUCUUUUGAUGAUGGAAAUACUUGACGAAGUCAGACGAGCUGGAGGUCUACACUACCCGGAGGCCAUCGAGAAGAUCUAA